GAUGAACUUACAACGCUUGCAUGAAUCACCUCUCUGUGUCUCAAAUAGGCCUGUGAGGAAACCCUGUUCCUGUGCAGUCUAUUCUUAAAGGGAAGUGAAGAUUUGCUUGUACAGCACUUUGUUUUUCUUUUCAUGCAGACGCCACUGUCAGCACAUACACUUGCAGCAUGAACCACUCAGCUGACCCGUCUUCUUCAGAGGAAAUGGCUCCAGAGGAGUUUGAUGGUGCGACAGCAGUGGCUUGUGUGAUCCUGGGUCUGUCCUUUCUGAUAGGAGCUCCGGGGAAUCUUCUGGUGAUCUGGACCAUCCUGAGACACGUCAAGCAGCGUUCCCACACUGUGGUGCUCAUCCUUCACCUGGCUGCUGCGGACCUGCUGGUCCUCAUCACCCUACCUCUGUGGAUCUACUCUCUGGCCCACUCCUGGGUGUUUGGAGAGGCCUCCUGCAAAGCCAUGGUGUUCAUGAUCAAUGCCUGUAUGUACAGCAGCGUUUUCCUCAUCACCCUCAUGAGUGUGGAACGUUUUGUGGCUGUGCGCUAUCCUUUUGUCUCAGCUGACUGGAAAAGGAAAAAAGCUCUGAAUAAAGUACUGCUGACUUUGUGGACUGCAGCUUUCUUGUUCAGCAUACCUGUCAUCCCAACUCAGGUUUUAGGGAUAGAUUCCGGUGAGGAGCACUGUCUGUAUCGGCAGUACACUUCUGUGACCCAGGAGCUGGUGUGUGUGCUGCUAGAGACUCUGGUGGGUUACAUAUUGCCCUUCUCCAUCCUGGUGGUCUGUUAUGGCUGCCUCUGCAGCCGGAUUACUCAGAUGACCUUUAAGUCUAAGCGCAAAUCAACUGUUCUUAUUGCCAGCGUAGUGGUUGUGUUUGCCAUUUGUUGGACACCUCAUCACAUAGGAAAUAUCCUCUCACUCAUCAAUCUGGCCAUCCAAGACUCCUUCUCCGAUACAGCAAAUAGUCUGGAGAGUGUCAGGAGCACCAUGACCUUCAUUGCUGGAGCCAUGGUCUUCAUCAGCAGCACUGUUAACCCCAUCCUCUACAUGUUUGCAGCUCGCUCCUUCAGGAGUUCCCUGCGUGACACCGGCAUCCAGAAGCUGUUCCGCCACAUCUCCAGCACCUCCCCAGGCGAGGGCAAUAGAGAAAUGUCCUUUGUGUCCAAGAGACACAGCAAUCAGACCCACAGCUCUCAGUGUGUGUCGGAGUCUAAAGACCAAAUGAACAUAUUAAUUAAAAUGUGUGAAAAUAAUCCAUCAUGAUAUUGAAAAUGUAUAGGUCUGUGCUGUGUGUCUGUGUAGAUAAUCUUGUGUAUACUGUAUGUAGUGUAAAUUUAAUUAAGAUCAUUUUGUAUGAAAUUAGAGCACAGAUUAACAGGAUGUCAGUUUGUCUGUGCAAUAUUUGUCAAAUUCUGUAAAUGACCCACUUCACGUGUUUUUAUUAUUGCAAUCAUAUAUUUAUAAAUAUGUUAUAUAUUAUGUACUUAGAUUUAUGCCAUUUAGUAUUCAAAUAUAAGAAAUUGUGAACUCAUAAGACAUGUCUCAAUCUUUUUGAUGCCAGAGAAACUGUAUUGAUUAUGUCAUUAAUUCUGUUCAAGACAUUGCCAUUGUCAAAGAGAAAUAUUUCAGAUGUCUUGAUAAAGACAGGACUUUACAACAUUUUUUAUCUUGCUGUCUCUUUAUGUUUUGAGGAGCUGUAACAUCUCAAGAUCAUGAACAAAAAUUUUCUUUA